AUGGAUUUCCACGUGUUUAUUUUACUAUCAAUAAUACUUUUCUUAUCAUCGGAAUUUUAUUUUGAUUAUGCAGUCAUAAGAUAUUUAAGUGGACCUAUAGCACGCAAAAUAGAAUACACAAAUGAAGAGGCCAGCUUUGAUGAAAAGAAGAUUAAAAAAGUCAUCGACGCAAUUAACAAGUUUGGUGAACGCGAGACAAGUUCGAUUGAAAUUAGAGUGUCUGAUUGUAAUGAUUUCAACGAAUUUGCUACUAAAAUUAUGAAAUUUAAGGAUUUGUUUGAUCCCAUUUAUCAAGAGUCCAUUAGUUUAUUUGAGAAAAUUAAAUCAGUUAAAAUUGAUCCUCGCUGUUUCUCUACAAAUGAUCAUACACAAGGUGGAAUCUGUUUUAAAAAUACUGAAGUACAAAAUUUGGAGAAUCUGAAACUGACUUACAUUGAAUUUGGCAGGAAUGACAAGUUAUUUAAAAAGACAUUUAAUUACUCAAGAAUUUCCCAUAAGUUUGAUGAAUUAUUUAUUAUUGGAACUGUUGAAUCUGGAGAAUUUAAUGAAGAUAAAUUCAACAUAAGCAUUCGUAACGGUGAAUUACAAGUAAUGCACGAUUAUACUCGUCCAGGAUUUUAUAACUUCAAUUUUUCCUCCCUAGAGGAUUUUUCUGGUACGAUCGCCAAUACAUAUGUAACGCAAGCCGUAAAGAUAAACUUGCGAUAUAUUUAUGAUAUGACAUUUAAAUUACCAGUACAAGGAUUCUAUGGAUUAUUGAAUUUACUCGAAGAUGAAAUAAGCACUCCAUUGCUAGUUUAUCCUAAUAAUAUGCUUUAUAAUUGUAUAAUUAUGGAACGAUAUGACGUAUCGGAAUUUCGUAAAAUUACUUUUAAAACUGUGAACACUACUUUAUUUAAACAACGUAAAUAUAAUGUAUUUAACAAAGUCAUGUUUUCUAAAAAAGGUGACUCUUAUGCUAUAGAAUUCAUUGUCACUUUCUACAAUCUAGUUUGGACGGCUAAUUUUUCUACAGAAAUUGGCAACAAAUUAAAUGUAGCUGAUUGCGUGAAAUUCAUAAUGAAGGAUUUGAAAUUAAAUGUCACCUAUAUGCCAAAUAGUAUUCCAGCAUAUAUUGUAGAUGUUUCAGUUCAAGAACCAAUAAAAAUGAAGACAUUCCCAGAGAUGACGUAUUAUUUGAGGUACUUGUAUAUUUUUAAAAAAUAUUUUAAAAAUUGCUUCACCAAAACAAUUACAAACAGCGUGAAAAUGUCUAUUAAAGCAAUCACCAAAGACAAAUCAAUUAUACCGAGAGUAGCAUAUAGAUACGUAACACCCUAA